AUGGAAAAAACAGAAACAAAUACUCCCGGAAGCAGUCGUCGGAAACCGGAAGCUGCUGUUGCAGCUGUAGGCGAAAACUUAUCGAAAGGUGUAACAUUUUGUACGAAAUGUCUUCGAAAUCUGAGAAAAUUUCUUGGGACCGUGUAUUCAAUCAUCAAGUCACUAAUUGGAUUAAUUAUCAUUCUUAUCAUAUACACCCUCAUCGGUGCUGCUCUAUUUCAGGCGGUAGAACGGCCAUAUGAACAGGCACAGAAAAACAGUCUGAUUUCUUAUAAACAACAAGUGUUGAAAAGUAUCAAAAAUAGUACAAUUCAAUUAAAUUCAAGGAAAAUAACAAUGGAAAGAUGGGAAAAUAUUACCCGUGACUUACUUGAUCAGUACGAGACGACAGCGAGGAGCAGUGCUUAUGGGUCGAUAUCAGAAGAAAAAUGGAGUUUCUAUGGGGCAUUAUUCUUCUGUGGAACUGUCUAUACAACAAUAGGAUACGGUAAUAUUGUUCCUAUGACAGGUAUCGGUAAGAUAUUCGCCAUAAUUUACGCCAUUACCGGAAUUCCUCUCGCCAUGAUUGUGUUGGCCGAACUUGGCCGAAAAUUCACGAUUGGUCUCAAGGUAUUACUGGUGAUUAUACAGCGUUUCUACAGGCUUAGGGACUGCCGCAGAGUGUUACGGCGCCGAUUCCGUCCUAAAGAAAAUUCAAAGGAUGUUGAAGGGGGCAGCAUAGAGAAUGGACAAUCGAAAGAAACGAAUAAAGAAGAAGAAGAAACACCUGUUGAGGAGCCAGCAAAAUCAGAUACCGUUGUACAGGUAGCUCCUGACGGACAAACAAAAGUGAUCAACGGAAAGAACUUUGAUCAGAAAUCUUUAGUCAGCAAUGAAAUGGACAAGACAGAAGAGCAGGAAGGAAACGAAGACGUAACCACGGAGAAUAAAAAACAUGUGAAUGUUGUAUUUGGGGUGGAGAUUGACGAAGAAUUUAAUUUGCCUCCUUCUCUCGCUUUAGCAAUUAUGGUCAUCUACUUACUUAUAGGCUGUAUGAUGUACCCCGCGUGGGAAAAUUGGACCUUUCUUGACUCGUUCUAUUUUGUAUUUAUAUCGAUGUCCACUAUAGGGUUCGGUGACAUUCUGCCAGCUCAUCCUAAAUACUUUCUUAUCAGUGGGAUCUAUCUUUUUAUUGGUCUCUCACUUAUAUCCAUGUGCAUUAACGUCGGCAUUGAAUUCUUCACGAAAACUAUCAAAAGAGCCAAGAAGAGAAUGAACCAGGCUAAGGACAAGAUGGCGGAAAUGAGCAAGGAGAAAAUGUCAGAGGUCGGGAAACAUAUGGACAAGGCCAAAGAUAAAAUGUCGCAGGUCACCGAUAAGGUCGCAGAAGUCACGGACAAAAUGGCAGAAGAAGUUAAGAAAAAUGUCGAGAAUGUACAGCGAGAGUAUCAAACAAUUAAAGGGAGCAAGUCUGGCACUCCAGUGCCUUCUCCGACAGAUGAUAUCAAAAAAGGAAGUAAAGCUAACACUCCAGUGCCUUCUCCGACAGAUGAUGUCAAAAAAGGAAGUAAAGCUAACACUCCUGUACCUUCCCCGGAUGAAAUGAAGAAAGAAUGAAACAACAGUCUUAUCAAUGAUUCAGUCACAUAGUAUGAAAGGUGAUCAGACAUUUGAAUGCAUGUUUUAAUUGGCCCACGGUUCGGCAAAAUCAGCGACGUGUUACAUAAUCAGAUAUGAUAGCAGUUCAUUUGAAUUGUUAAACAAAUAAUGACGUAACACUCAGAAACGCAGUGUACGUUUGAUUGUUAACAAGACAUGGAAUACGGUUCAAGUGCCUCGAAAACGCAAAGCAUAUUGUGAAGUUGAUACUGUUCUGUAUUUACAUAUGGAAAUUAAUGAAGUGAUGUAAAAUAUGACGUUUUUGAACAGAUGUCACACCUGUAAUCUAGGAUAACACACAACAAAACGUUACACACAAACUGACACAGAAUUCGCUUAAAGACUGUUGUGGCUAUAUGAAAUAAUGUCAUGGUAUUUAAAAAGGUUAGUGAAAAGAUAUAAAGAUCUCAGAAGGUAGUCUACUGCUGAUAUCAGAAGGUAGUCUACUACUGACCUC